AUGCUCUCCGAGUUAACCCACCCAAGUACCCCAAUGGUCUCGUCUCCACAUGACUGCGACAACUUUUCCCCCUCGCCUAACCACACCACGUGGAACCUGACACCUACCAACACUUCACCAUCGAAUUGCUCGACGGAUUCUGGAGAUGUUGAGGUGGAGCAACCGAAGGAACAAAAGAAGACUCCGAAUCGGAAAAGUCGACGUCUGCACAAGGAGAUCAAUUCGGAUGACGAUGAGUUAUUGGCUAAUUACCAUAAUGGUCUUGGUGUUGUUGAACGCGGAACCAAGAUUCCCAUCGGACUAGGCCACACCCCCUUUAUUCUUAAAAAGAAGGAUUCAGAAAAAGUAGAGCGUCAGAAGAACAAACUCAAAAUCGACAUGGUUCCAGUUUUUAACAAGAUGGGUUCCACUUCUGGAGUCGACACAGGAAAGACCCCGUCCAAAUAUCUCCAAGCAAGUUCAUCUGUAAUUCAAAUUGGAUCCAAUCACCAAGCUGAGAUCCCACAGAUGGAGGAAAAUCGCGAAACUGGACCUGAUAGAGAGGAAGCAAUGUGGAUACCACCAAAAAAGCAUAUUGACUACAAUUUCUGUCGUAACGGAUAUUGGAGAGCAGUUUGGAGGCAGUUUGAAGGACAGAUUCCAUUUGAGACUGCACUUCAGAAUCUGAUGAAAAGAGGAUACUCGUUCGGAGAGAGUCUGGAGACAAUCGACCAGAAUCUGAAGACUCUGCCUCAAAAGUUCAAGCCGUUGGGAGAGAAUCAGUUCAAGGUGUUUGAGAAGUUGCUGUUGGAUAAGAACAUGUCGAGACGGAAACUUCAGGAGAAGAGUAUGAAAAACCAUCAUAUCGCUGAGGUCUCCAAGUUCUACCACAAUUUCAAAAAUUUCUACCUUGGAGCCGACAGCACUGAAGGAUGUAACUAUCGGGGCCCCCUCUGCAUGAACCUCAAUUUCGUUCCCCGCUGGGCGUGCUCAAAUUGCACCAAGGCUCUCCGAAUGUCACUGGCUCAAGGAGAUCUGUGUUUGAUUUGUCAGACAUAUCUACAACUCACUGGAAAGAUUCGUCCAGCAAGCAACGUUGUGUUUAAUGACGAGGAUUUUCAGAAAAUUCAAGACUGGAAUCAAAUGGAAAUCUCAGAAGGAAGGAGUAUCCAGAUGGUUGAAUUUGAAAAGAUUCAAGAGGAGAAGAUUACCAACAGAUGGAUGAGGAACGAGUUGACAGAAGAGGAGGAGGACAUGAUCGACAUCCCUCAUCGCGGUCGCUGGAACAAGCUGACAGAGACGGAGAAAAUGGAAAUUGGAGCAAAGAUCGUCGAGCAACUCAAGCCACACCCACUCCCUCUGUUCAAAAAGUGUCAGUGUGAGGAUGUGGAGAAUGUGCCGAUUCGAGCGCCUUCUCCGGUGAGAGUCAUGAUGUCACGAGAAAUGAUUCUGAAGUCGUUCCUAAAGAUUGAUGUGGAAGUCAAAAAACCGGCAGCCAAGAGGAGGAAGAUGUAA